AUGUACGAUUACAGCUUGGAAGUCCGACAAAGCUUUGACAGAUUAGUAGCGGAAGGACCGAUGCCCAAGCUCUUUGCCUUUGUGAGGGCAAGCACGCUUAUAGCAUGCUUCGAUCGGUCUGCGAGCUCAUGCUUCCGGCACUUCUGCAGGACUUGGAUUAUACGCUCUGGCCAGCUUGGGUGGAUACGCAUGGUGUGUACGGAUUGUGUCGGCCGGACUCUUGGCACAAGAUGCUCACGCUGUGCCUGCCAUAGUCGACCCCCCUUUAAGGCGCGCAUCAGGCGAUGCCAUCAACAAAGUGGUCGAUAGGUGCGUCAAACCGGCAAUCGCUGCUUCUUGGUGCUUCUUGUCUUUGACGCUCCUGUUCUGGCGCUCUCUGCAGCAACGGCCAACCCCUCUCUUUUUAUCCACACGUGCCAACCUUGCUGCUGAGCCUUGCCCGGACUUCCAUACCUAUCGCCGCAGCCUCUCGGACUUCCGCCCCGACAGCUGCCAAACAAGCGCUCAGUGGACUCUUUCUGAAGGACACUGAUCCUGCGCCGGCCGAUGAGCCACCUCACUCGCCAAGAAGGAGCGUUGAGGAUCGCACCCGCAUCGUCAAAGCUAUCAGUGAGUCGUUCUCGCGCGCGAACGCUCUGUUCCAGCCUGUCGCAGCAUUUCGCGUGGCUGACCUUUCUCGUCGCCAACGCAAGGUUUGUUCGACUAUAUGGAGAUCUACCCAGGAUCCAAGAUCACGCACUUUAAUAGAAUACACAAGGACUCUCGCGUGCCCUACGAAGAUAUGUAAGUGCCUGCCGUGACGCUGAAGAUGGCGCAACGUGUCACGCAGCGCUAUGCUUCGUGCUCAUUGGAUCUUUUCUCCGGGCGGCGAACUAGGAUUUUCUUCGACGAUGAAAGACGGAACAGUACGUAUGGAGAGCAUUGCCAAGCGCACGGGCGAGUGGCUCAGGCUUAUACCCAACAUUGACGCUUGCACAGGUGAAGUCGAGCGCAAACUCGGCGUUCACUUUGUGGAGAUUAGCAACUCGGGACUCGACUUGGAAACAUUUGAGAACGGCGUACGAGGAUGGCGAGCUAAACGCGCUGCCGAGCAGUCUGGCGAAGAAGACCUGACUGACUCCCCUCCACGUGGACAGCUAUAA